AUGAUCAGGGAGAAGAAGCGUGCAGCGCGCGCGGCCGAGCCGCGGCACACCUGCUGGACGUGGACAGCGAGCGCGAGAACAACGUGGGACACCGCAGACAUGGCGGAGAAGCCGAAGGGGAACGAGCGGCUGGAACGAGCAACUGGCGGGAAGGAAGAUGAGAUGCGCAGCGAGAAGAAGCGGAACGGGGAAGCGAGGAUCGAUCUCGCGCCUGCGGCACGCGUUCGAUGA